AUGCCAAUACAAUACAAUACCGUCAGGCGUAGGCGUGGACUGAGAAGCCUGGCGAGUCCGGCAGCUAUGGAGAUAGAAGAAGCAAGAAAUGCUGUGCACAAUCUAUGCCAGCUGAUACGCGUAAUGGGCCCAAAGAAGCCGCCGACUUUCAAGGGCCUGAUUGGAAACGAACUGUUAGGCAUGCACGCACCACGGCGUGAUCGGAAUCAAGCUGUGUGCUUAGGAAGGAACAGCAGUCUUGACUUUUUGUGGGAACAGUGCCUUUCUGCGGUGCAUCCGCACUCCCGAAAUAUUUGUAAAUGCUGUUCUCACAUGUCUGGAAACGAACUUCAAUUGAGUGUGUUCCAUCAUGACGAUUGCAAACUUCUGUCACAAUUGGACUGUCUAGAAUUUGGAAUAUUUAAACCAGAAGCAGUUGAACAGGUCGAUCGGCGUCGGUUACUUGAACGAGCUGUGCUCUAUUUUGACAGCAUUAUUGCACACACAGUUCUGGAGAUCGAGAAGGAUCGUGCUCGCGAAGAAGCAGAUGCCUUAGCCGAACUGGAAUUAAGUGCCCGUGAAGAGGAUUUAUCAGCUGUUCGUUUUCGAAUCUACGAGGACUACGCCGAGCGCUUUAAUAAGCUUAUUGAUCCUAAGGUUUACCUCUAUCUAGGACACUUUCAACUCCUCCUGCACCGAUUCGACGAUGCACUCUCUGCCUACCUGAAAUACGAAGCACUGUGUCCUGCUGAUUCUACUCAAAACUGUGCUUUUCUCUACGGUUUCGGAUUGUGCGCAUUCCGUUUCAACGCAUUUCACAAGACUGUGCGUUUGUUUCAGCAAAUCCUCUAUUUGCAACCCUGGUUUCCAAAAGCUAAGGAGCUUCAUAUUCGCCUGGGAUAUAUUUACAAACUACAACAUAACUUUGACAAAAGCUUGAAACAUUUUCGUCAGGCGUUGAACGAUUCUUCACCUUCCACGUUCAGCAGAAUUGAAAUACGCUUUCACAUUGCCCAUUUGUUUGAAGUCUGCGGAAAGCCCAAGCAGGCCAGCUUGGAAUACAGACAGCUAUUGGACACGGAGAAGAACCACGCUCCGGCCCACAUUCGACAUCUUUGCUUGCGGCAACUUGCUUGGUUACAUCAUACUGGUGCCUGUGUGGCGAAAGGUGAGGGAGCUCCGGAGAAAGGUUUGGAUGUGCAGUGGCUACAGAGUGCUCUGGAGUUGGAUAACACCAACGGAAAAACUUGGUAUUUAUUGGGACGCUGUCAGGCUGCACUAAACCGAGUGCAAGAAGCUUUUGCCGCCUAUCGAAGCUCAAUUGACAAGACGGAGGCGAGUGCAGAUACCUGGUGCUCAAUUGGUGUGCUCUACCAAGAACAAAGUCAGCCAAUGGAUGCACUCCAAGCGUACUUUUGUGCUGUUCAAUUGGACAAAUGUCAUGUUGCUGCGUGGGCUAACCUCGGCACACUGUAUGAAAGCAUGCAACAGUACAAGGAGGCUCUCAAAUGCUAUAAGAAUGCUGUGAAUGCGGACAAAAACAACGAGCUUAAACCAGAGCUGCGAGCACGUUUAGCCAUCCUCCAGCAAAUCGUACCUCGUCUUCCGGAGAAACUGCUUACUGGUGGAGCGCAUGUAGGAGGCAGUCCAGGGGCGCAGUCGGCAAGCGGUGCUGCAGCGUUAGGCAAUUCAGGUCCCGGAUGCGGCUCUAUUACCAAAUUGCCCACUGUAGACGAGGCCUGGAGUCUUCCCAUUCCGGCGGAACUCACGCAACGCCAGAUGCAGUUAAUGCUCCAAGAGGCCGCCGCCAAUUCGGACGAUUCUAGCCUGGGGGGCUUACGUCCAGAGAAGCAUCUCUCCAGUAUUUUGUUGGCAACACCGCUUGCUUCAAUUCUGCGCAAACGCACUGGAAGACAUCAUUCCUCGAAUUCAAGUGACUCCCAGAAAGUGGUCUCAGAGGGGAGCAUGGAAACUAACGUAAAAAGACCCAAGCGCGAGGGCUCACCGGUCGUCGCCCCUCUCACUGUGCAACAACAACAAAUGCUCCAGACACUACAGGCGCAAGAAACGUCCCUCAGUGCAGCACAUCGUCAUCUAUUGAACCAACUUCAAAAUCAAGCACUCCGCUACCAUCAACACUGUCAAACCCAACGGCGUCGUGGGACUGCCCCCGAAUCGGGAAGCCGUGAAUUCACUCAGAAGUCCUCAUCCGUCCUUCAUGCCUCUCCGGCUACUGCACGUACAGAAAGUGAGAAUAACGAUCCUUUGGAAAGUGGAAACCCGUCUGGCGUCGUAUCUGGAGAGGAGGCGGUCGAUCUAUUCCCCACCGAUGAUACACUUCCCACUGUAGUUGGCAGUCCGGGUGCGGAUCACUUGCCAGAAGAGGAUUUGGCUUUUUUGACAGAUGAUUUGUUGGCGCAACUAAAUCGUUCAGAGGCGGCGGCCAAUCUCGACCUCGUAGAAUUUGCUUUGUUUGCAAAUGCUCCCUCAGGAUCUGAACAGGUUCGCCCGUCCAGCGGAUCACAUAAUACAGAGGAGAAGGCAUCGAACCCACGGAUGGAAGAAAAGUGCAGUUUGGGUGACGGGUCCGACCUGUUGAAAUCAGGGAAUCCUGGCCCAAUGGACUGUACAGAAACCAUUAAUUCACCCACAUCUGGGACAGACGCACUUGGAUGUUGUCGUUCCAAUAAUUCAGACCCAGUGGACCUCUAUACCUAUUUAACACGACCCUUGUUCACGCCCGCCAGUGCUACUGCCUCCCUUACUGUGAACAUGUCAUCCUCCCAGAUUCUGAACAACAUUCGUGGUUUGGGGCGUUCCGGUGGACCAUGGUGGCCAGGUAUACAGCCCGAGGGUAGCCCCAUCCCUGUGCAACCAGCCAAACCCUACCCACCUCCGCCAAAGGACAGGCUGCUUCCGCCCACGCCUAGUGUCUACCUCGAAGGUCGGAAGGAUGCACAUUCGCCUGAACUGAUGCGCUAUUGUUUUUCCCAACCUGUUGUGGUGAUACGUGGACUUGCGGCUGCCCUCCGACUGGAUUUGGGUCUUUUCUCAACUAAAACACUUGUAGAAGCCCAUCCUGACCACCGCAUAGAAGUUCGCACUCAAGUCCCUCAACCGCCAGAUGUCAACCGUGAUUCUCAGGGUCGUACGGUCUGGUUUUGUGAAUCCCCGCGCACAGUUACAACCAUUUCAAAAUUCGCGGCCUAUCAGGCUAGAUCCUUCGUCGAGGCUCUGCGCGAAGAGAAAUCAGCUUCAUCGGUUAAUUCACCCAAUCCCACUUUCGCGGGACAACCCUCGCAUACAGGUAUCGGUGCAUCAUCGGAACAUGGUCCAGUGCCCGCACGAAAAGACUCUAGUUGCACAACACCAGAUGCCAAUUUGUCGAGUGAUCCAAGAAUUGGCCAUGGAGCUCAUCCUCUGAGAACCCCGGAACUCCUCAAAGCCGGUGUACGCACUACAGCGGAAACUCCGGCCUCUGACCCCAAUCAGAAGGCUUCGCGCAGCAUCAAACCGAAAUUAAUCCGUUUUGGGACCAACUGUGACCUGUCAGAUGAGAAGAAGUGGUUUCCUCAAUUGCACGAAUUGACAAAACUGCCGACUUUUGUUCGAGUCGUCAGUGCUUUCAAUAUGCUCAGUCACGUGGGUUAUCCACUGCUUGGUAUGAACACUGUGCAACUUUAUCUCAAGGUUCCCGGCUGUCGUACUCCCGGACAUCAGGAAAACAACUGCUUUUGUGCUGUAAACAUCAACAUCGGACCAGGAGACUGCGAAUGGUUCUCUGUCCCGGAACAAUAUUGGGGCGCUAUUCAUGAUCUUUGUGAGAGAAACAAUGUUGACUAUCUAACCGGUUCUUGGUGGCCGCAUUUGGAAACAUUGUACAAUGAGGAAAUUCCGGUCUAUCGGUUCAUUCAGAGACCCGGAGACCUGGUAUGGAUCAAUGCAGGGACUGUUCACUGGGUUCAGGCUAUCGGUUGGUGUAACAAUAUCGCGUGGAACGUUGGUCCGAUGACCGCACGACAGUACAAUAUGGCAGUGGAACGUUAUGAAUUCAACCGUCUUCGGGGUGUCAAGUCCAUCGUUCCCAUGAUCCACUUUAGCUGGCAGUUGGCUAAAAAUUUGAAAGUCUCUGACCCAGGCUUAUAUGAGUUAAUCAAACAAACUCUUCUGCGCACUAUGGUUCAGUCACAACUGGCUACAGAUUUCGUGGAAAAAUUGGGCUUACCCAUCAAGCGUCAUGGGAAACAGCCGGAUGACGUCGCGCACUCUUGUCAUGAUUGUGAGAUUGAAGUGUUUAACCUGCUCUACGUCAUGGCUCAAGAUAAGAAGCUGGUUGUUCGCUGUUUGGAUUGUGCUCGACGUAUCGACCCGAGUCUGCGCGCAUUUACCAUUUUGGUGGAGUAUUCUAUGCAUGAAUUGGCUGAAGUUUACGACGAUUUCAAACUACAAACACUGAGAGCAUGUGCAGGCAAUGGGCAUCGUCCAAGGUCAAAUGGCCCCAGCGGCCGCGUCAUAAAAGCGCACCCAAAAUUUAUCUGGAACGGUGGUCCGAAAAAGGACAAGUGUAACAUAAAGUUUUGGCAUUUGGUGGUAAUUAUUCGGGUGCCCAAGAUAUCCCGCAUCGGCCACAGUUAUGUUCAAAGCUGUCCAUACGAAGUCGGAGUGCGCUUUGGGCGUGGAAGUCGUAUUUUAUUGGCUGCCGGUGGCUUCACCUACCGUCUGUAUGAAAACGGUGAGAAAUUUUGUGGAACAGUUGGUCUUUUCGCGCGUUUUCUUACUCAAUAG